CUCUUGUCCUACACAACUUAUUUUUCCUCAGUGAUAACUUUCUGCUGUCAUCAGCACAACAGGAAAGACUAAUGGUUUUUGUUUUAAACUGAGAGCACUUUGAUUCAAGUUAGCCUGCCUUUAUUUUUCUUUUAGAACAGAGUUUGAGUUUCGAGAUUUUCUUUUUAAAGACGAACACUAUCUUUGACUAUUGGCUUUGAGAAAUAAUUUGUCAGAGUAUCUGCUCUAUGCCAACAAGACAGAGCACAGCCAAGAUCUGCCAACCCCAGACCUCCACCUACUGGCCUGGAAAUUCCAGCAUUCUUAUUGGUGGAGCCAUUUAUUUCUGAUUAGAAGCUGUCUAGACCUCCUACUCCUCAACCCAAAGGAAACCACAGGUAUGUUUACCUACUUGUUCCCGAACUUGUUGAUCAGUUUUAUCUGUGUGAGCUGUCUUUUCGAGGGAGAAGAGAGGAAAGGAGGGAGACACGGAAUUGGGGAGGAGGGAAUGCACACUAAGUAAACAUUUGGUGCUCGGCACUUUUGUAGCAAACCAUGGCCAAGCGAGUUGCAGUGGUUGGAGCUGGUGUGAGUGGCCUGUCCUCCAUCAAAUGCUGCUUGGAUGAGGACCUGGAGCCCACCUGCUUUGAAAGAAGUAAUGACAUCGGGGGACUAUGGAAGUUUACCGAAACUUCUAAAGAUGGGAUGACCAGGGUCUACAGGUCAUUAGUGACAAAUGUCUGCAAAGAAAUGUCGUGUUACAGUGACUUCCCCUUCCAAGAAGAUUAUCCCAAUUUCAUGAACCAAGAAAAAUUUUGGGACUAUCUUCAAGAAUUUGCUGAGCACUUUGACCUUCUGAAAUACAUUCAGUUUAGGACCACAGUGUGCAGCGUAACGAAGCAUCCAGACUUCUCCGAAACUGGUCAGUGGGAAGUCGUCACAGAGACAGAAGGGAAGCAGGACAGAGCUGUCUUUGAUGCUGUCAUGGUUUGCACUGGACGCUUCUUGAAUCCCCAUUUUCCUUUGGAGUCCUUUCCUGGAAUCCAUAAGUUUAAAGGCCAGGUCCUGCACAGUCAAGAAUACAGGAUCCCAGAUGGCUUUGAGGGCAAACGCGUCCUAGUGAUCGGUCUUGGGAACACCGGAGGGGACAUUGCAGUGGAGCUCAGUCAAAUCGCAGCUCAGGUACUUCUCAGUACCAGAACUGGUAGCUGGGUUCUGAGCCGCUCUUCAGAAGGAGGCUAUCCAUUAAGUAUGAUGGCUAUAAGAAGAUGCCAUAAUGUUAUUGCACAAGUUCUGCCUUCAUGUUUACUGAAGUGGAUUCAAGAGAGGAGGAGUAAUAAAAGAUUUAACCAUGAGAAUUAUGGAUUAAGUAUUCCAAAGGGGAAAAAACCAAAAUUUAUUGUGAAUGAUGAGCUGCCAACCUGUAUCCUCUGUGGGACAGUCACCAUGAAAACCAGCGUGAAGGAGUUUACAGAAACCUCCGCUCUCUUUGAAGAUGGGACAGUGGAAGAAAACAUCGAUACUGUGAUCUUCACUACGGGAUACACAUUUUCUUUUCCCUUUUUUGAAGAACCUCUCAGAAGCCUUUGUACAAAGAAGUUGUUCCUGUACAAGCAGGUCUUUCCCUCAAACCUAGAGAGGGCAACACUAGCUCUCAUUGGCUUCAUUGGCCUGAAAGGAUCCAUCUUGUCAGGCACGGAGGUCCAAGCACGAUGGGCCACACGAGUAUUCAAAGGACUCUGCAAGAUACCCCCAUCCCAAAAAUUGAUGGCUGAGAUUGCUAAAAAGGAGCAACUCAUAGAAAGGGGGGUGAUGAAAGAUAGCAGUGAAGACAAGCUCGACUUCAUUUCCUACCUCGAUGACCUCACUGCAUGCAUAGGCGCGAAGCCCAAUGUCCCAUUUCUCUUCCUCAAGGAUCCCAGACUAGCUUGGGAAGUUUUUUUUGGACCAUGUACUCCUUACCAGUAUCGCCUAAUAGGCCCUGGAAAAUGGGAUGGAGCCAGAAAUGCCAUCCUGACCCAGUGGGACAGGACACUGAAACCCUUAAAAACUCGAUUUGUUCCUGAUUCCUCCAAGCCCGUCUCCAUGUCACAUUACUUAAAAACUUGGGGGGCACCUGUUCUACUUGCUUCUCUUCUUCUGAUCUGUAGAUCUUCACCUGUUUUGAAAUUGGUACAAGAUAAUCUACAGGAUAGAAUUUCCCCUUACCUAGCAAGUAUCUGGUGAGGAUGAAUCUGGUUGGUUACAAGGGUUACACCAAUCAUAUUAAUUCCAUCUCCAUAUAUCUUGUGCAGCCCUACUCUCCUCUCCAUCAUCACUACUAUCAUCCAAGGUCAGGUCCAAUCAUCUCUACUAUCAUCCAAGGUCAGGUCCAAUCAACUCUUAUCUGAAUUAUUGUAAUGUCUUCUCUGGUCUCAGAACCUCCUUUCUUGCCUCCCUUUCCAAUCCAUAUUCUACUCUGCUGCCUAAGAAAUUAUUCUAAAAUAAAAAUAUUGUCACUGUUUCCAUCAAAAUCCUGGUGGGAAUAAGAUGGCACUCAAACUAUGUAAUUUGUGGAAAUUUUAAUCUAGAGAUUAUUUCAAAAAGUUUGGGCAGAGCAUAGAGAAAUCAUAGGGAUAAUGAAAUACCCUCAGACUAGUAACAGCAAGGUAUUUUUACCAUCCCUAGGCCUAAUGAGGCAAGGGGAGAGAGCAAUUAUGAGAGAGAGAAGGAGAGGUUGACGAUGUAGAGGGGGCCACCUCUCAAGAGCUGUGACCUUCAGCUGACAGACAAAGGCGGUCCAUGGUGACCCCAAAAGUACAGAGCUGGGGAAAUAAAUUGCCUGACCUUAUUCUCUUCCCUCUCUCUGAUCCCCUGCCCUGGCUCCCCAAUGGCCUAACCUAACCAAAACUCAGAGGGCAAGGUUGCUGACUGUUGUGGAUUGAAUUGUGUCCCCCAAAAAGAUAUAUCCAAGUCCUAACCCUGGCAUCUGUGAAUGUGACAUUAUUUGGAAAUAAGAUCUUUGCAAAUGUAAUCAAGUUAAGAUGAGCUUAUACUGUAGGGUGAGCUAGAUCCACUAUGACUGUCCUCAUAAAAAGAGGAUAAGCGGCCAGCCCGGUGGCACAAGUGGUUGAGUGCAUGUGCUCUGCUGCGGCGGCCCAGGGUUCACCGGUUCAGAUCCCAGGCACGCACCAACGCGCCGGUUGGCAAGCCAUGCUGUGGCAGUGUCCCAUAUAAAGUGGAGGAAGUAGGGCAUGGAUGUUGGCCCAGGGCCAGUCUUCCUCAGCAAAAAAAAAAAAAGGAGGAUUGGCAGAUGUUAGCACAGGGCUGAUCUUCCCCACCAAAAAAAAAAAAAAAGAGGAUAAGACAUACAGACACAGACACACUGGAGGAUGCCAUGUGAACACAGGCAAAGAUUGGAGAGAUGCGUCUACAAAGGAUCGCCGAGCAAGCAAACACUGGAAGCUAGGAGAGAGGCAUGGAACAGAUUCUCCCUCAGAACCUCCCAAGGGAACCAACCCUGCCCACCCCUGGGUUCCAGACUUCUAGCCUCCAGAACUGUGAAGGAAUAAGCCACCCGGUUUGUGGUACUUUGUUCCUGCAAUCCUAGGAAACUAAUACACUGACUGAUGUCGUCCGUGGAGGUCAGCUUCCUAAGGCACGGAGCAAAGCAAAGAUGAUGGAGAGUGUAUAUGGAAGCGCAAACAGGAAGGAUCCAGUGCAGACAUGUUGUUUUCCAGUUUAAAAUCCUUCAAAGCUUCUCCCUUGGUUAGAGAUAAUAAUCCACAUUCUUUGGCCUAGAAGAGGAGACCCUUCAUGGUCUAAGUCCCUUUGCCCACGUCACCAGCAUCCUGUCCUGCAGCUUCCCCCACUUCAAACCCUACCAUCCAGUACCACCAAAUGACCUCCUCACUUUGUCAUACCUCCUUACUUUGGCACAAGCUGCUGCCUCUGCCAGGCGCGAGAAUCUACCCCUGACUAUUUGUCUUUCAAGGGAGUGCUCAAUUCUCUCCCUCUGUGAAGCCUGCCCCAAAUCCCCAAAGCAGAGUUGACCACCCUGCAUAAUGAAUGCCCCUCAGGUACUGUUGUUAUUGCUCUUUUCCUACUGUAGUACAAUUUCCUUUUUGUAUCUGCUAAUAAAUGGUGAGUUCCUGAGAGGAACCAUGUCUUGUUCAGCUAAAACACUGCCUGAUACAAAGUAUUGCUAAAUAAAUAUUUGAUGAUUGAA